GCAAUAGAGCCAGCGAAAGCAUGCCGGACCAACAAAUAAGAACUGAUUCUCCUUCAUUUCGUCUUGUUCUUUUCCUUCCUUUCGUCCAUCACUGGAAAACAACACUUGCAACACUUGUACACGUCACAAUUCUUGCCCAGACUAGUCACCAUGAAUCACGAAGGAUUCGAUCGACGUAUGGACCUCGUCCGAGAAAUCCUUUCCGCAUUCGGCUUGGAGGUUUGUACUGAUGGCUCGCGGCCUGACAUUGACGUUCAUUGCCAGCCACGACCUGCACAGUAGCCGGUGUUUGCGAACGUCAAGCGCUAAUGCACCCGUGAUUUCCAGGGCAAUGAGAUUACUCCUCUGGGGUAUGACAAGAAUUGCCCCUUUCCGUUUAACAAUUUUAUUUACAAGGCAGUUCUCACUUCACCCGCGACUGCGGAGUCUUUUAUGAGAGCGGUGCACGGCCAGCAGCCAUGCACCGUUAUGCCUGCUGCGGAAGGGGUUGAGGCCGUUGUUGUGCGGCUGAGCAAUGCGAGAGCUGAGGGCAUGAACAAUACCAAUCGUGUCCAAAACGAGGUUGCGUCGAUGCAUCUUGUACGCGCUGCGUUGGCCCAGCUAGGCAAUGACCAUGCUGGCCUAGUUCCGGCAGUCUAUGCCUGGAAAGCGGCCACCCCUACGUCACCUAAAGACGAAGCAGGCUUCGGAUGGACGAUCAUGGAGUACAAAACUGGAGUACCGCUAGAUGAGCAUUUCAGCGCCGUUCCCUUGGAGGAGAAGCUCAACAUCGUUGAGAAAGUCGCAGCCAUAUUCUCUGCUAUUCAGGGGGUGAAGCUACCCCCUAAUGUUACAUGCCAUGGCGGCCUGACCAUUGGCAACAACGGGCAAGUUAUGUCCGGUCAGGGAACCUUGCAAGAGAUGAAAGGCGGCCCUUGGAAACACUUUGCGGAGUCUUGGGCGUUCAAUAUGCAGGGAAAGCUGAAGGAGGCAGACGAGAGCGAGGUAAUCGGCGGUUGGACUGCCAAUGGACUACGAAAUAUGGUGGAAGACUUCAUCGUCUCUGGACUUUCUAGCACCCUCCGCGAUGCAGAAGUGGACGCGACGAGCCUGGUUCUUCUUCACAAAGACUUUACCUUGAACAACAUGCUCUUCGACACCGAAACAAAUCGCAUUUCUGCGAUUCUUGACUUCGAUUGGGCUGGUGUCGGGCAUCCCUGUGAGGAAUUUUUUACCUCACUUGUUGACUUGAUGGGCACCACGCGGCCCAUUUACUCCGAGGGGCUGCAGAACGCCAUCUUGUCUGGCCAUUUCCAUGACAAUUUAGCCGCGGACAGCGCCAGUGAGGAGGAGCGCGAGGCGUGGGAACUGGCCAAGGCGUGGGACGCUGCCCUCCUGAAACAUGGAGCGAUCCGGCCGAGCGACAUCAAAGGCAUGGUGACUCUCGAAAAGCUUCGCAGCUUGACCGAUUUGCUGGCGCCAUUUGAGCUUGCGAACAAAGCUAUGCUGAAAAGACGGUCCGCUGUGGACAUUGCAGCUCUGAGAGCCAGGACCGAAGAAGCAAUUGUCAAGGGCUUGGGGCAGUUCAAUUUCGGAGGAUGAUUCUCAGGCAAAGCAGUCUCAUGCGGUCAAAUUACUCUGAG